AAAGGAAACAAUUGUAACUUAUAGAGGUAUUUUACACAAUACUGCAUUUUGUAAUCAGUGACUUAAACCUGGUUCAUAUAAUGAAUUGAACCCCUUGGAAAAUUAUUGAAAAGUGAAAACAAAAUAAGUACCACAAUUGGUACUCUUAACUAUUUUCUUUAUUUAACAAUGGUGGCUAUCAGGAUACCUGUAUUAAUAACAUUUAUUGUUUCCUUAAUUGGUGCAGCUUAUUUAGGGUUUGCCCUGAUUCAACUCAAUCAUGACAAGUUAAUUCAUUUUGCUACAUUUUUCAUUUUAACCCUUGAAUUCUACUUUGUGUUUGAUACAAAACAUAAGUCUCUUAAAACACUUCGUUGGAUUACAUUUAUUACAUGCACGGUAGUUGCUUCUGUAUUACUGGAAGUGGUACAAACAUUGGUCAAUCUGCUGCGAGUAUUUGACGUUUAUGAUAUAGCCUGUAAUGUCAGUGGAAGUGCAUUGGGUUUAGCGUUAGGCUCAGGGUAUGAUGUAUGGACUAUAAGAAAAUAUAGACAAGCUAGAUACAGGCAACUUAGAUCGGACCUCACGAAUGAAAUUGAAGAAGAUUACGUUUCAGUGAAUAUGGUUGAUAUAUCUAAAUGAUAUCUUCCAACUUAGAUUUACAUGAUGUGGGGACCUUUAUAUAAAUAUGUACUUUAGUAUCCCGGAUUUCAAUUCUACGCUUUUAUCUUUA